AUGCCGGCGGCGGCGGGGGACGGGCUCCUGGGCGAGCCGGCGGCGCCCGGGGGCGGCAGCGCCGCCGAGGACGCGGCCAGGCCGGCGGCGGCCUGUGAGGGAAGUUUCCUGCCGGCCUGGGUGAGCGGCGUGCCCCGCGAGCGGCUCCGCGACUUCCAGCACCACAAGCGCGUGGGCAACUACCUCAUCGGCAGCAGGAAGCUGGGCGAGGGCUCCUUCGCCAAGGUGCGCGAGGGUCUGCACGUGCUGACCGGAGAGAAGGUGGCCAUAAAAGUCAUCGACAAGAAGAGAGCCAAAAAAGACACCUAUGUCACCAAAAACCUUCGGCGAGAGGGGCAGAUCCAGCAGAUGAUCCGCCACCCUAACAUUACCCAGCUCCUUGACAUCUUAGAGACAGAAAACAGCUACUACCUGGUCAUGGAGCUGUGUCCUGGGGGCAACCUGAUGCACAAGAUAUAUGAGAAGAAGCGGCUGGAGGAAUCCGAAGCCCGCAGAUACAUCAGGCAGCUCAUCUCUGCGGUGGAGCACCUGCACCGGGCCGGGGUGGUCCACAGAGACUUGAAGAUAGAAAACUUGCUGCUAGAUGAAGACAAUAAUAUCAAGCUGAUUGACUUUGGUUUGAGCAACUGUGCCGGGAUCCUGGGCCACUCCGACCCAUUCAGCACACAGUGUGGCAGCCCCGCGUACGCCGCGCCCGAACUCCUUGCCAGGAAGAAAUACGGCCCCAAAAUCGAUGUCUGGUCCAUAGGUGUGAACAUGUAUGCCAUGCUGACCGGGACCCUGCCUUUCACGGUGGAGCCUUUUAGCCUGAGGGCUUUGUACCAGAAGAUGGUGGACAAGGAAAUGAACCCCCUUCCCACCCAGCUCUCCACAGGAGCCGUGAACUUCCUGCGUUCUCUCCUGGAACCAGAUCCUGUGAAGAGGCCCAAUAUCCAGCAAGCACUGGCGAAUCGCUGGCUUAAUGAGAAUUACAUGGGCAAAGUGCCAUGCAAUGUCACCUAUCCCAACAGGAUUUCCCUGGAAGACCUGAGCCCGAGCGUGGUGCUGCACAUGACGGAGAAGCUGGGCUACAAGAACAGCGACGUGAUCAACACCGUGCUCUCCAACCGCGCCUGCCACAUCCUUGCCAUCUACUUCCUCUUAAACAAGAAGCUCGAGCGCUAUUUGUCCGGGAAAUCCGACAUCCAGGACAGCGUCUGUUACAAGACCCAGCUCUACCAGAUAGAAAAGUGCAGGCCCACCAAGGAGCCCUAUGAGGCCUCCCUGGGCACCUGGACAAGAGACCUCGAAUUUCACGCUGUGCAGGAUAAAAAGCCCAAAGAACAAGAAAAAAAAGGGGAUUUUCUUCAUCGGCCGUUUUCCAAGAAGUUGGAUAAGAACCUACCGUCGCACAAACAGCCCUCAGCCUCGCUCAUCACGCAGAUUCAGAGCACCAGGGCCCUGCUGAAGGACCGGAAGGCCGCCAAGCCUGGCUUCCCCGACAAAGAUUCCUUCGGCUGCCGCAAUAUUUUUCGCAAAACCUCGGACUCCAAUUGUGUGGCUUCCUCCUCCAUGGAGUUCAUCCCUGUGCCGCCCCCCAGGACACCCAGGAUUAUCAAGAAACCAGAGCCCCCUCAGCAGGGGCCUGGGAGCGCUGGCAUCCCUGCCAAGGAAGACCCCCCGAUGCUGGAUAUGGUGCGCUCCUUUGAGUCUGUGGAUCGCGACGACCAGACGGAACUGCUGUCCCCGUCCCAUCACUAUAGGAUUCUGAACUCCCCUGGGGGCCUGGCUCGAGGGAAUCCCGGUGAGCGGACGCUCUCUCCCGUCCUGCUGCCUGGAAGCCCGUCACCUCUCCAAACGCCUUUGCACCCCACUCUGGUCUCCUUUGCCCACGAAGAUAAGAACAGCCCCCCCAAAGAGGAGGGCAUGUGUCCCCCAGCCCCAGGGCCCGGCAACGGCACCACACAGCCCCUGGGGAGCCCGAACUGUGUGAAGAGCCGAGGCAGGUUCCCCAUGAUGGGCAUCGGACAGAUGCUGAGGAAGCGGCAUCAGAGCCUGCAGCCCUCCGCAGACAGGCCCCUGGAGGCCAGCAUGCCCCCACUGCAGCCCCUGGCCCCUGUGAGCCUCUCCUUCGAUGUGGCUGACGGGGUCAAAGGCCAGUGUUAACCUGGGCCAGCAGUGGGGUUCUUGGCAAUUCUAAGGAAAGCAAUGGAGCAGCUCCAUACAUCUGUCAGGGCAUGAAGACUCAAAGGCCUCUCACAGAGCAUCCUUCACGGUCUCACCUCCUCCUGAGAUGCGAUGUCCCCACAGCUGAAACCCACAGACCCAGAGCCUGUAGAGCCCAGUCCCGAGUAGGGCCCCCUGGAGAUGCUGGGAUCCCCCAGGAGGGUUGCCUGUCUGUGCGACCAGCUCCAAUCAUGCACGGCCUCCUCCCACCCACUCACGAGCCCUCCACCCACCUCCCUCAACUGCGCUAGGGGUGAGAAGCCAGCCUCGGGCUCUGGGCCACUCAGAUGACAGACCCUUCCGAGCUGUUUCUCCACUUCGUGCUCUGUGUGUGCCUCUCAACGGACUGUUCUCUUUUCAGCAGUCAGAUGGCGGCGUCACAAACUGGUUCACCCAGGCACGGUUUCCCCUCUUUUCAUAGAGGUGGAUCCCUGCAGGGGUGACAAGAGUUGGCGACCUGGAGCACCCAGUCCCAUGAACCCCUGGGGAGGACAGGCAGGAACCUCUGAAACCAGCACCAUCCCCUCUGAGCAAAAAGGGGCAUCUGGGCAAAGACUGAUCUGAACAGUGGGGACGCCAAUGAAAGGAAAGGGCCGAUGGGGACACUCAUUUGCCAAGCGGGGUCUUGACAGAUUUCUUUUCUCUUUUGGUUGAAACUGGCUAAUGGUUGAAUUAUCUUCUCCGAAGAUGAUUUUUCUUUAUGUGAUGUCAUUAGACCGAAACAACAUAAUUUUUAAAAACCUGGAUGGAGAGAUGAGAAUUGAUUUCACCAAACUCCUGUUCUCACAGGAGGAUAAGCGUGGAGGGCAUCAAAGCUCACCCAGGUGAUGUUUUGAGUGGCUGGUGGCCUACGCUGGCCUGCAGGAGGGGCGAGAUCAUAGCCAGCCACGUGUUCCUCCCAUCGGAUCAACAGAGCCCUGAUCCUGCUGGAAAGUGUAACACAUAGUUACGGGUGGUUAUUUGGAAAGAGAAAAGAGAAUUAAGGUUGGAUAUGGAUGUACUCAGAAGGCACCAUUAGCUCUGUGCAAUGCGGUUUUCAAGCUGCCAAGGAAACAGGCGUGAUUUAGAAUUCAGCCAGUUUGCCGUGGGCUGUGAAAGGCUCGUCUGGAGGGCAUCACAUUCAAAAUACAGUACCGUAUCUUCUUUGAGGACAGCAGCAUUCCUCACGCAGGCUUUGAGUCCAUGUUCUGUUUUCACACCUUUUGCCAAGGAUGGAACCAAAGAUGCAUCUCUGGGUCUGUGUCUGUGCCGUCCCUCUGUACGUGUUUUGUGGACCCCAGCGUUGUCUGACCGUGUGUAGCUUGGAGCCCACUGGGGGCUGUCUCCACUGGGGCCUGGGCCCUGGCACUUGGUGGGGACCACUUGGUGGUGAGCAGAACUGGCAAAAGAAGAAGAAUCAGCACAGGUUGGAUAGAGGUCAGUUCAGAGACAGGUUACACUGCAGCCUGGAGCCUUCAACUGUUGGCUGGUGCAGAUGCGGCCAGAAACCACUAAUGUGGCCACCCCAGGGCUAGUCCUCCCAGCCCACUGAUCCUGAAAAAAGGCCACGGCCUUUGAGCAUUUGCAAAGCCUGCCUUCCCUUCCACCGGCAGCCAGCCUGUGCCAGAGAGUAGUGGGGAUGGUCCUUCAUUUCUUCUCAUUCAGCACUGGUGACCUUCUCUGCCCCAAACGUCUCUGACUGAGCAAGGAGAGAGCGGAUACCUGGCUGUCCCCAGAAGCCACUGCCGUGCCCAGUCUUGGCUGACCUUGACAAGACCUGGGGCUGCUGCUUCCCCCUUGAUGGGAUCACCCCAGCCCUAGGGCUAGGGAACAAGUCAGCCUCCCCGCUGUUGGUGGCACUCCUUUGGAUGGCUCCAGACCGGGUUGCGGAACUUUCCGUUAAAAAUAGAGCUUUUUAAGUCGAGAGAAGAAAAGCAUCUGAAAAAGUCCCUCUCUCCAUUUGACAUGAAGUGUUUGGUGUUUGAUCGCCGAAGAAGCCUUUUUGAAGAUGGUUUCCAGCUGCAACUGCCGGCUCUGCAGGCUUGCAGGCUACGUGCCUGUGAACUUGGUCUAGCUCUUUAUGUCUCUCUCUUGUGUUUUACUUGCCUCGAGAACGUAAGCAUUUCUGUGUCGCUGUUAGCUUGCUGGGACGUGUUCCCCGAUCCUCGUAUGCUUCCAGAACAGCUGCAGGCUCUCCUACAACUGACCAAGUGCAUCUCCACUGGCAACUUGAACUGUGAACUCAGGUUUAUUCCAAACCCAGUGAGAGGUGAGGGGGCAGUGAGGAAUGGGGGAAACUGUAUUUUGUGUGUGUGAGCACCUGACAAAUCUAUGGAAUCGAGUGAGAGAAGAAAUGUUAAUUCUUUAUUAUUUUAUUAUAUUUAUAUGGAGACCCUGAUUAUCCCUUUGGUAAGUAAGAAGCGUGUUGUCUCUUUGACCCAUGACUGUCUCUCAGUAGUAGUCCGCACCUGUGAGCUGAGUCAGCCUAUAGUUAACUGCCGGAAGUGACAAUUAUCUUCCUGUGACAUCCGGGAGGAAAAGUCGGCUUUCAUUGUACCAUCUGGUCAUAAGUAAGGACUGUAUUUAUGUCACCAUUAUUAAAUAUAUGUACUUUUAUAACGACUGUGAAAUACAC